AUUAUGAAAGACCGUUAAUUGAAAAUUUUUAAUUAAUAAAAUCAUAACAAAUAACAGAAAUAACAUUACAAAAUUACAUACUUGCAGUUGUUUACAGACAAAUGUAAAUAUGUGUAAGUGUACAUACAUAGAAAUAAACUGAUAUUGUGUAAUAAACAUAUUAAGCAAAAAAAAAACUUAAUUAUUUCUACAAUAAAAACAAAGAAAAAACGUUUAGCAUAUGAAGUAACGGGUAAAUGCAAUUAAUUAAAAAUAAUCAUUAUAGUUUAUUGUGCGUGUGUGUGUAUUUUAGGCAUAUCUGCAUACGUGAAAUAAUUAUUAAAGUACAUAAAUAUACAUAAUUAAUGAAAAACAUGAGUUGAAAUGCAUUGAAAAAUAUUUCGCAUUUUACACUCCAACAAGCGAAAGGUCACAAAAAAAAAAAUAAAAUAUAAAAGUAUAAUAUUCAGAGAAAUAUAUGUUUAAUAUAUUCUAAGUCUUUGAACUGUUGAACUAUUAAUUUAAAAAAAAUAAAAUAAAAAAUAAAAAAAUUAAUAAUAAUAAUAAUAACUUAAAAUAAACGAUUUAGCUGAGAGGCGUGCCAUAAGUGACGCUAUGCAGGGUACAGUGCAACGGAGUGUGUCUAAUUUUUAAACUUUUUAUUGUACAUUUUAAGCCUAGACUAACGUAAUUUUACUCGAAAUAAACGACCGUCCUCUUUACAUUACAAAAUACAAGUAAAAUAAAAAAAAAAUAAAUCCAUAGAGAAAAUAUAUAUCAUAAGGCAAUUUAGAACUCUACAGUUAAUAUAGUAAAGCAAAGGAAAAACUAAGUUUUUCAACCAACUUUUAAAACGGCUGCGUAUGUAUGUGUACUUUUAAAAUAAAUAAAUCUAAGACUAAAUAAAAAAAUAUUUGAUAACAAAAUUCAAAAAAUUAUCUCUAAAGCGUGCAAAAACAUUAGACUGAAAUGUAUAAAUGUGACUCACACUUGAAUAAUAAACAAACAAACAAAAAAAAAAAAACACGCCAAGUCGGGGCAUAUUGGAGUACUUACCAAGUCAUAAAAUACAUUCAACUAUUAAUAAAAUUAUUAAACACAGCAGAAAGUGACAAAUAAACGAGAAUUUAAUUGCCACCAAGUGUUAAAAUGCAGAGUAGCAACAAAGAGCAGAAUGACUUACGAAAUGAAAACAAAAGCAAAUUAUUAUAAACAAUUAUGUGAAUUGUAUAAUAACAAAGUGAGGCAACAAAAAACGAAAACAAAAACAAAUGCAAAAGCUGGAAAAACAACUGAAAUGAUAUACAAUUUGGGAAUAAUAUGAAAAGCAAGCAGAAAAGCAUAAACCCACACACAUACACACACACAAAUGCAAACACACACAUACAUCCGCACUAAGAUUUUUAUGCAAAUCCCAAGAACGCACUCAAUUAAAUGCCUGAGAAAAUACGCUGAACGUACCUAAUUAAAAUACACAACCGUAUAUACUAGAGGCUUAUACAAGUUUUUACCUACGUGUACACAUGUGUGUGUAUAAAUAUGAAAAGUUAGUAUGAAUAUAUAUAUGAAUGCCAAGGAAAGAGAAUAGAGCAGCAGACAAGAGUGAAAAGUAUAAGAAACUGCAACUCAGUUAAACAAACUCUGAGGGAGAAGAAGUGUUAAGCACGCACGCCCACGCACAUACUUACUACAGCAUUCUCCUUUUCAUCACAAUACCGACUUCUCCACCCCCAUCUACACACCCCCGGCGCUAUUUCACGGACACAUUAAGAAAAUAAAUGCCGAGCAUAGCAAAAGAGGAGAUUGUUUGUUGUGAGCUAGCUGUCAGCGGCAGUUGCAGUCGCAGCAGCAGCGUCCACUAAUUAGUACGUCAAAGUGGUAGGACAACAAGCGAAAAAAAAAUAAAAAAAAUUAACAAGAAAAGCUAAAGGAUAGUGAGCAAUUAAAACUCCAGGCGAAAAAGUGUAGAGCAAAUCAAACAUAUAAAAAUAAACAAAUACGUUAAAUCGAGUAUAAUCAGCAGCAUGAAUAAAGGCGUGAAGUAAUAACAUUAAAUAAAUAUCAAAAUAUCAAUUAGUAGAAAAUUGAAUAAACAAAUACGAACACACACGUGCAAUAAUAGGCAAGAGACGGUGGCACAAAAAGUACACACGAACUAAAAUAUACGCGCGCUUUGACGUCAGCAGUGGUAGUGGCAGUGUUAGUGUCAGCAGUAGCGCCGAUCAUCUGGUACAGUUCGAUCGAUGUGGCAAGCAGCCUAGGCAGCAGCGCAGUAAGCAUAACCGCGAGUGCGACUGCAACCGUAAAGGUAGCAGCAACGCCAUCGUCUCACUCGUUCAAUAGCCAAUGCAUCAGAAAUCGAGGAUUUUUGAUUUUGUUCCUUCUCCACCAUCACCACAACCACAACCAAUACCACCAAAACCACCAAUACCAUUACAACCACAAAUACCACCAACAAAAUAAUAACCAUCGCUACCACCAACACCAUUCACAACGAUGGCUACCAUAAAUUCGGUACCGAAGAGUAUACACUUGCCAUUAACGAGCUUGUCGUCGCCUCGUGUUUUAAUGUGUAGUGCCUCAGUCGGCACCGAAGGUUCCGUCACACUACAAUUGAGAGACUCGUCCGAUUCCAAUCAGUCGCCGACGCAAACUUCUUUAGAAAAUGCCUUGACCAUUGGCUAUCCCGAUCCGGAGAUGUUGGCCGACGUAUUCGGUUCACUGCAGACAGCCUCUUUCAAAAAUCACAGCAGUGCGUUAGUCUCAGCGUCACCCACAACAACAACAACAAUAACAGCAAAUCAUAGUAGUAGCAGCAGCAAUUCCAAUAACAAAACCGCAAUAAACAACAGCAACAAUACAAACAGCACGACGUGUAGUAGCAUUAGCAACAACACCUCUGCCCCCUCCCCCGCACCAGCUAGCAAAAUCUCAAUAAGUCGUCGUAAUCAAACUACAUCGACAACAGCCACGUCCACCCCAGCGUCCGCACCGGCCAAUGCGUCGACAACAACAGCGACAGCAACAGCAACGGCAACAGCGACAGCGACAGCUGCACACACGUCGAACAAAGCAGGCGUGCAAACAGUGUCCACAGCAACAAAUACCACCAACAAAACGACCAGCAGUUACGUGAAAAAUUGUCUCAUACGCAGCAGCAGUUGCAGCAACACCAACAACGUCACUUCGCUGGCACAGAUAAUGAGCAAUAGCAGCACCAGCAGCUCCUCAUCGCUUCUGAAUCACAGCAAUACGAAUAGCAACAGCAAUUGUAGCAGUAACAGCAACUUUAGCUCGUCAAGCAGCAGCAACGAUAGCAUCGUCAGUGUUAACAGCAAUACCAGUGGUGGUGGCGGUGGCGGCGGCAGCAGCGGCGGUGGUGUGCUGAAAAGUGCGACUAGCAGUAAGGGUGCCGCAACGGGUGGUGCGUCAAGUGCGACGUUGAAAAAGAAUCGUGCCAAAUUGUCCUCACCAACACGGCAUGGGCCGCAACAGUGUCAGAUUUGUAGUAAAAUCUUUGGAAAUGCGUCAGCGUUGGCAAAACAUAAACUGACGCACAGCGACGAGCGGAAAUACGUGUGUGCGAUGUGUUCAAAGGCAUUUAAGCGACAAGAUCACUUAAAUGGCCACAUGAUGACACAUCGCAAUAAGAAACCUUACGAAUGCAAAGCUGAAGGUUGCGGCAAAUCAUAUUGCGAUGCACGUUCCCUGCGACGCCACACUGAAAACCAUCAUUCGGGUAUUAUAACGCCACAAAAUCAAACACUCUCACCAACCUCGGGUACACCGAAUGGCCUAAGUCUUUCACCGGCCACAGCAAGUGGUGAUGCCAGUUCGCCGGAUGGCGCAACUUGUAUACGUACAUACAUUUCCACUGGUGGUACUGUUGUUGAUGCGGCCACCGGCAUUACACUUACGGAGGAACAAAUAAAAGCAAUAAAUUUGCCGUUGAAAACAGGCGUCACUUUGCUUUCACCCACAUCAACAUCGUCGGCAUCAUCGGCCAGCGGUGUAUCGCUACCCGCCUCAUCACCUACAAUUGCCCUCACCGAGACAAGUCUGGUGGAUGCCGGCGAAGGUCUAACGCGUGAACAAUUAGAUUUGAUAAGUAAAAUUAUGCAACAGACGAAACAGACCAGUGCACAGGUGACAGUGUCGUCGCCCACAAGCGUGAAUUCAUACAAAGUGGACACGAAUCCCUCGUCGGCAGCACUUGGCCUGAUGGGUCAGCAACAUGGAACGAGUGGCACAGCGAGCAGGCCGCGUACAUGGAAUAUGCAAUUGUUAAACACCGCACAGAACGUAUCCAUUUCUGUUGACGAGACUAAUUCCGAUACAGCGUCCAGCACAGCAACAUCGCCCAUCGAAGCCAAGGAGGAGGAGAUAAAUCAGCAAUUUGUGACGGCGAUAAAUCCUCAUCUACUGAAUAUCGUCAAGAUGGAUCAGAAGCAAGUUGAAUGUAAUUUGUGUCAUCGUAAGUUCAAGAAUAUACCCGCACUCAAUGGGCAUAUGCGACUCCAUGGUGGUUAUUUCAAGAAAGACCCCGAAACUAAAAAGAACGAAAAGAAAGAGCCCAGCGGACCGCCGCUACAGACAGCCAGUAUUGGCGUACGCGCAUUAAUCGAGGAGAAAAUCAUUAGCAAACGCAAAGAUAUGAACAAGGGUGCCUUCGUAGUUCCUGCACCACCCAGUAGUGUAUCCAGCACAUCCACAAUCCGCCGAUCGAUUAGCGAUCUAGAAAGUUUCCUUAGUCCCAAAUCACACAACAAUAACAACAACAACAACAACAACAAUAACAACAACAACAACAACAACAAUAGUAGUAGCAAUGGCAGUAACAGCAACUCUACAAAUCAGAGUUCGUCCACCGCCUCAACAACAACAGCCAUGCUACCAUCUGCUGCAACAAUCAAAAACUAUAAUGGUGGGACAUUGGGCUUGCAGCAAAUCGGAAUGUCUCACGGUAUCGAGAUAUUCAGUACGAAACAACAAGACAAGAAUACUGGUAGUGCGGGCCACGGUAUGGGUCUGGGCUUGAGUGCAGCUCUGCAAGCCAACAAUGCAACGAUGAAUACGUCAACGAUGAAAUCAACAGCAACGACAACAAUUACAACGACUACUAAGGGCACCUCUACCGAUCCAAAAGACUCUACGCUCAUUGAAUUAUUGAAGCGUGGAACGCGCAUAGCCGUCACUGCCAAGAAGCCAAUAAAUAGUACAAACACAAUCACAAAUAUGGGAGGUAGCAGCAGUAAUAAUGGCAAUGGCAAUGGCAAUGGCAACGGCAAUGGCAACGGCGGAUCCCGUCAGAUAAUCACAAACAACAAUCGCACUGUGAUUAUACCGUCCGACGUACAGAUCUUACCCACCCGCAAGUCGAGCGCAUCGAAUUCGUCGCGAUCCGCUGCGCCCGCCAGUCUAGCUGACACUAUGCCACUUUCGCUUACUAUAGCGCAGAAUGGCACUGGAGGCAGAGGUAUAGGUGGCGACGUAUAUACCGUUACUUAUAGCAGUGACGGGACGGGGUUCUUUGAGGACGCCGACGUGUAUAAUGUCGCCGAUACGGAUAUGCUGUUGCAGACGGUGGAUUCGAUGCAAUUACUCAAUGAUGACUCGCAACAAUUGAAAAGUGAACAUUCCGAACAGUUUGGCACUGUGACUGGUAUAGGGAUUCAGGCCGAGGGCGAUCAAAAUGACAAUAAUGGUAAUUGCAUACAAGCGGAAUACUUGAAAUUACAAGCCGAAGGUAGUAUGAAUGCCAUGCCCACCACCACUUUACCCACUUUCCAACAAUUUCAUUCCAAAGAGUUAAUCAUGCAAAACAGUGCCCAGAUUCAGGCUGUGACUAGCAUGCGAAACCAAACGCAUCAACUGGGUACAAUAUCCUCACCGAUAAAUUCCCCGCUCGCCUAUCCUACGCCACCUUCCAGCCAUGAAAACAUGACACAGUCCUCGCCAUAUGUAGACGAUGGACAACAGUAUGUAGAAGUGACGAACAAUUUUUUCAAUGAUAAAUGCUCCGCGGAUUUCCUAACGCAGUCAGCCACUGAGGUGACAUUCUUCAAGAACAACGACACCCAGAACGAACUCACAGAUACCGAAAAGAUAUUGAAGUUGAAGACCGUUUUGGAGGAGAGCGCAUUUGAUGGUUCCAUUAAGGUUGAAGACUUACUGAACGGUACACAAGAUGACGACACCGAAUGUGAUUUGCGCGACUUUGCUGAGUCCAAUCUCGCCUUUUUGGACGAGGACCAGGAGUUUAUGAAUGACUCGCGUAAUGCAACAUCGCCUUUGCCUGAAUCAUUUUUCACCGGCAGUAUCGGCACCGAUGACGAAGUGAAAGAGGUACUGCGUGAUGUAUUGCCCGACGAGAAUAUCAAUCUGCCGUGCGAAGAACAGUCGGCUGAAAAUAUGAUAGAUUUGUAUUACUUGCCCGGUUUGGGUCUGCAAUCACAAAUGAUGCCGAACUCGGAUGAUCCGCUGCUGUCCUCCUCGCCGCGUGAUUUCGGACAACAGAGAGCUCAAGUCAUACAGACCACACAGCAAGUACAAGCCCACCAACAACAACAGCAGCAGCAACAGCAGCAAACAGGAACACACACGCAGCAGCACAUACAGGAGACGGCGCAGCAGUUACUAUUCGCCCAGCAAAUCGAGCAACAAAUGCAACAACAUCAGCAACAAAUGCCAACAGGUGGCAAUUGUGUCAAUAGCAAUCAGUUGGCAAUCGCAAUUCAGCAAGCUGCUGAAACCAAUGCCACCCUGCAGUAUAACCUACAAAACCUAGCACAAGUACAAAACCAACAACAAUAUAUUGACAUCAAUACACCGAUCCAGCAUAUAGCCACAAUGGAUAGCGGCAUGCUGCAGCAACAGUUGGUAUUCACAGGCUCGACAGACAAACAGGAGAUCCACAUAAAUGGACAGCAAGUCGAUGUGGGUCUGCUCUCUGCUGGCGGCAGCAUUCAAACAGACACAAACAUUUACUUCGCCAGCAACUCCAGUAAUUCCACCAGCUCCUUGACCACAUUGCAACAGAAUGGCCAUCAAAUAAGUGCUUGCAAUAUUACAAAUGCUUCGAGCAGAUGCCUACCACCUGUCGCAUCCACGGUCAUUUCAACCCUGCAACCGCUCUCCAAUCAAACUAAUUCCAUAUUGAAACGGCGUUUGCGACCGCAAAAUCCCAAUGAUUGCAGUAAUUCACACAGCUACGCUAAGUAUCAUCCGCUUUCGCCGUACCGCUCAAAGCUGCGAAAGCCGUCACGCACACACUACACUCCUGCGCCAAUACUCAAUCCCGAACGCAAGGGUGUCGGGCUGUACUGCACUGUACGUAAACAACUCAACACAGGACUGCUCGGUUUCGAUAGUUUCAACGAUGACUACGACGAUGCGGUCGGGUUGGUGGACUUUUCGGAUGAAUCUAAAGUCAAUUUGGGUUCAGCUUAUCAAGCGCAAUUGCCACCCUGCCGAGAGCGUAUACAUAGUGCAGGUAGUGACGCCGCAACCGAUGGUGAAUUGUAUAAAAUGAAGUCUUGUUUUGAUGUCGAGGAGCCCGUGGGUGCGGAACAAAUGUGGGAUCCAACUGUACAAACGGACGAGAGAAUUUUAAUGCGCUACAUUGACCUGAGCAAAUCAUCGGCCGUGCCUUUGGGCAGUCACUCGGAAGAGGUGGCAUUGCAAACACUGCUCAAAGCACGUGGCAACAUGGCGGCAGCGGUACUUACGCUAUUGCAAACGCAAUCGAAUGCAUUCCAAAUGAAAUGGUCCGCAGCGGAAUUGGAGGUGUUCCUAAAGGGUUUGGAACGUCAUGGUAAAGACUUUGGACGCAUUUCGCUAGAGUUGGGUACGAAGACAACGGGCGACUGUGUGCAAAUGUAUUACUUUUGGAAGAAGCUUUGUGUUGACUACAAAGUGUCGCAUCUGAAGACCGAAACGCCACAGCCGCCACCGGCGAACGAUCCAAAGCCAUACGUAUGUGAAGUACCGGAUUGCUCUGCGAGCUUUACCUCCAAAGCUGCCCUGCAUGGCCACACACGCAUACAUACGUACGGUCGAAAUGCCAGUAGCCAUCAAAAUAGCAUCAACAACAACAGCAAUAAUAAUAAUAACAAUAAUAGUAAUCAUAACCAUCACAAUUACAACAAUAACGCUUCAGGCAACAACACUAAUACAAAUAGCACCAUAAUAAGCGGCUCAGCAGGCGUCGCUCAACAGACCACCGGCGUUGGUACAUCGCAAACGCAUACGCAAGCGAGCGGCGGUGGUGCCAACGGUGUAUUACUUAAAGACGCUAGUCAAAGCGGCGCGGGCACUGCUGCUAGCAGCACCACCAACAAGGAUAUCGAUUUCCCCUGCAAGGUGUGCGGCAAAGUUUUUAAUAAAGUUAAAAGUAGAAGCGCCCACAUGAAAACGCAUCGCGUACAGGAGCAACAGCAGCAACAACAACAGCAACAACAACAACAACAACAGCAGCAGCAGCAACAGCAACAACAAAAAUUAGCUACUGAAACUGUGAACGCGUCGAACGGUGCAGUGACACCUGCGCCGGGACAAAAACUGCAAAAAAGUUGUAAUCAAAAUCAGCAGCAACAGCAACAACAACAACUAUUACAACAAUAACAAAGGGCAGUAGUGGAAAACCCGUGAAUUUACAUGUCCCAAUCCUAACCCAGUUGUAUAACCUUGAAAAGGUCGCAAAACAUUUGUAGCAACAACAACAGCCUAUGAGCCGACAACCCAAUUAUCCAAACCCAAAUCGAAAUGAAGAAAAAAAAAACUAAAAUACUAAAUGACCAAAAUUGCAAAUAGCUGUGGUAAACAAAACAAAAAAAAAUAAAAAUAAAAAUAAAAAUAAAACAAAAACAAAACACAAGUAAGCAAAAAGAAAAACUUUAUAUGUAUUAGUAAAUCUGCAAGUGUGAGAAAAACCAUUGGAAAUUUGAAAUCGACAAUCGAAGUGUUAUUGCAACGUAACCUUAAAGUUAAUUAAUUAAUAUAAAUUAAAUAAUAAAUUAUAUUUCAAGUUAUUAUAAAAGAAAAGCAGUUGCUAAAUGAACAGUGUAUUAUAACGGUAUAAAAUGUAUACCUGCAACAUUUAACAUACAUACAAAUUAAUUUUUGUAUGCUUACAAAAAUUGAACUUAAUUUGAAUGGAAACAUAAACACUAACUAAUAUGAAGCAAAGAGAGAAAGAGAAUUAACUAAAACUCGAAAUACACGUAUUCUUCUAUACAGUUCUCGAAGCUUUUAUUCGAUGUGGUUAUUCGUUACAUACAUAUAUAUGUGUAUGCGUGUAUAUAUGUAGAUUGUCAUUCGAUUUUAUUGCGUUGAAAAUGGAGGUUUUACUAUAGAUUUAAAAUACAAUUUAUAUCUACAAUAAUUACGAGCAAAUUGUGUGAAUAAAUGUGCUAAUUGUGAAGUUAGUCGUCAUUAAGUUAGCGAAAUACAAAUGUAUUCGCUGAAAGCAUAGAUCAAUAAUUUAGGAAACACACAGGAAGUAAGAGUGAAUAAACAUGUUUUUGAAAUGAGAGAAAGAGCAGAGUUGGAAAGCAAAAGUGGGCAUUUGAAAGUAUUUCCUAAACAGCAAAACCAAACCGCCGAUGAAAUUAAAUUAAAAAAAAUAUAUACAUAUAUAUAAAUAUAUAAAUAUAUUAUUGUAUU